UGAUAGACAUGAAAGAUCAGCAUAAAUAUAUCUUUUUGGAGACAAAUUUCUUGGUUCCCUUCCGAUGAGCUGACGGGCGCUACUUGUCUGGCCUCAGUCUUGCCUUGGCGCUCGUCGGGAACGCCAGCUCUCGUCUUCACAAAAUGUUCUGAAAACUGAAAUUAAUUAAUGGCUUGUUAUUUUUAAAAGAAGCAAAAAAAAAAAAAUAAGAAAAGAAAUUCGAACGUGUAAAGGUGGAUAAGAAAUAGUUUCGAACCAAUAUAAAGAUUAUUAUAAGGCAUCAAAAUGUUGCCAGCACAUUUUGUUUUGUGUGUGCUGGGCUGCAUUUCAUUUUCCGGAGUAACGCACGCCGUCUACGAGGACUGUAAGACACCGCCGCCCGUGGAUCAUGCUCGGGCCGUGCUGUUCGAGAGGGGCCAAGUCAACAUUGCCGUCUACAAAUGUGCGGCAGGGUAUGCGCUGAAGGGUCCCAACGAGCUGCUCUGCAAUGUGGACAGCGAGGAAUGGCAGGGCGAGCCGCCCAGCUGCAUCGAGAGCAAGAGCAAGGGCAAGGUGAGCACGCAUCACAACGAGCGCAAGAAGAAGAUGCUGUCCAUUCCCGAGGAGCCGAACGUGGCCCUCGAGCUGGCCCAGCAGCUGGACCUGAGCUGCAUUCAGUCCAAGGUGCAGGCGCCCGAGAUCAGCCAUGGCAUUGUCGCCAAAUACGAGCGACGUCGUCGGGGCGACAAGAUCUUCCUGGUGGCCUACUAUGCCUGCAACGAGAACUACGACUUUGAGCGGAUCCAGGUGCAGGCGCUCUACUGCAGCGCCAGCCAGUGGGUGGGUGAGCUGCCCGCCUGCUUGCCGCGCGUCGAAUAUCCAGAGGGGGACGACGACGAGGACAACGAUGACGACUACGACGAGUACGAAACGAUUGAGGGCGAGGCAGCCGAGGAACUGGAAAGCGAUUCACAACUAGGUGAGAGUGUGGAGCCUGUGGAGCCUGUGGCGCCACCACCACCCCCGCCGCCAGUGGUGCCAGAACUGAGUCCAGAGGAUGCGGAACCAGAAGUUGUGGUGCACGUGAAUGAGUCCGAGUCACAACCGGAGCAGCAGCCAGAGCUGGAAGUCGCAACGGAGGGUGUGCCGGCAGCUGCUGUCACCGACAUCAAUAUUGUUGUGGAGCCCACAAAGGAUCCAUAUUCGCCACGUCUGCUGGACGAGAGCUGCGGCGAGGAUCGCGGCGGCUGCGCCCACAAGUGCGAGCGUCUCCUGUUCCCCGGCGAGAAUGAGCCGCGUCUCAAGUGCAGCUGCAACGAGGGCUACACCCUGGAUCCGCAGGACUAUGCCAGCUGUCUUGACAUUGAUGAGUGCCAGGAGUCGAACGGCGGCUGCUCCCAGAUCUGCAACAAUCUGCCCGGCAGCCACGAGUGCGCCUGCGAAAAGGGCUACCAGAUCGAUGCCUCCACUGGCAACAGCUGCGUGGAUAUUGAUGAGUGCGCCAAGCCGGAGCUGGCCGACGAGUGCGCCUACGGCUGUGAGAAUACGCCCGGUUCCUAUCGCUGUGUGAUACCCUUGGAUACCAAAGAGGAUGCCGACGUCGUGUCCCAGGAAACGGCGCAGGGCAAUGCAGCCGAACCCAAGUCUGAGGUCGAGUCGAGUGUGGAGCCAGCUGUGGAGCCGGCUGUAGAGCCUGCUGCCGUGCAGCCCAGCUGCAAUCCGGGCUUUGCGCUCGCGCCGGAUGGCGGCGAGUGCCAGGACAUCAACGAGUGCGAAAUCGUCGUGGAGGACAACGAGGAUGCGGAACAUGUGCCGCAUCGCGUCUGCCAGCAGCAGUGCGAGAAUACGAUCGGCUCCUAUCGCUGCAGCUGCCGCGAGGGCUAUCACAUGCACGCCGAGGAUCAGAGCAGCUGUGUGCCCGACAGCUGCGAGGACCUGGACAAUCCGCAAUUGAAUCGCCUGCGCUGCGCCCACCAGUGCGAGAAUCUGCUCAAUGGCGGCUAUGAGUGCAUCUGCCCCGCCGGCUACAAGCUGGACGAGGAUCUGCACAGCUGCGUGGUGCUGGAGUCGGUGUGCAGCCGGGAGCAGGGCCACGAGCGCUGUCGCCCGGGCAGCUGCCUGCCCAGCGAGGACAACAGCACCUUCAGCUGCCUCUGCCCGCCCGGCUAUGCCAGCGAGGUGUUCAGCUGCCAGGAUCUGGACGAGUGCGCCAUGGGCACGCACAAGUGCAGUCACGAUUGCUUCAAUACCGCCGGCGGCUAUCAGUGCCUGUGCCCGCGUGGCAUGUCGCUGCAGGAGCCGGAUGGACACACCUGCGUGGCGCCCGAUCCCUGUGCGGCCAACAACAAUGGCUGCGAGCAGCUCUGCCUGAGCGCCGAGGCCGGCGCCUGCAACUGCAGCAAGGGCUACCUGCUGAGCGCCGACAACAAGAGCUGCGACGACGUCGACGAGUGUCAGGUGAACAACGGCGGCUGCCAGCAGCUCUGCCGCAAUCUGCCAGGUUCGCAUGCUUGCGCCUGCGACAGGGGCUACGAGCUGGCCGCCGACGGGCACAGCUGCCAGGAUGUGGACGAGUGCGCCGGUCUGCUCUCCGGCGGCUGCACCCACGAGUGCAUCAACAAGCCGGGCAGCUACGAGUGCGGCUGUCCGCUCGGCUAUCUGCUGCAGGAGGACGAGCGCAGCUGUCGCCCCGCCCUGGUCGGCUGUCCGCCGGGCGCGCGCCACACCGACCAGGGCUGCGAGCCCAUCGAAUGCGCCACGGGCCUGCUGCUCGGCGCCGACGGCACCUGCGUGGACAUCGACGAGUGCCGUGUGAACAACGGCGGCUGCUCGCACGAGUGCCUGAAUGCGCGCGGCUCCUACAAGUGCGGCUGCCCGGCUGGCUACCAGCUGGCCGCCAAUUCGCGCGACUGCCAGGAUGUGGACGAGUGCGCCGUGAACCAGGCCGGCUGCGAGGGCAGCUGCGUCAAUGUACCCGGCAGCUUCAAGUGCGAGUGCGCGGCGGGCAAGAGAUUGUCCUUCGAUGAGCGCAGCUGCUACGAUGUGCCUGCCAUUGAGCCCAGGGUGGCGCUGGCCCUGCCACCUCCAGUUCCCCUGGCGCCAGUUGCUCCGGCAGCUCCGCCCGUGAUGCCCGUGCGCCCAUUGCCAACACUGAGACCCUUGACGCCGCCAAUUGUUGCGACAGGCUUGCCCGCAUUGCCCGCAUUGCCGGGCUUCCAGGUGAGAGAUCAGUGUGCGCGCUUCCAGGCGCCGGCCAAUGGACAGGCGCACUGCAACAGGUAUCGCCACAAACGCAAACUCUUCUACAAUACGCGCUGCAAGGUGCGCUGCAAUCCCGGCUACCAGCUGCUCGGCUCCGAGAUCAGAAGCUGCGGUGCCUCCGGCAACUGGGAGGGACAGGAGAACAAGUGUGUGCCCAUUUCCCAGCCACGUCGCUGGAUGACAGCGGGCAGCUCACGCUCUGCGCCCGCCCAGGCCGGUUGUCCGGCGUUGCCGGCGCCGCGCAAUGGCGUCAUCUCGCCCGCCAGCUGCACCCGGGGCGCCUCCAGCUUUGGAUCCAUCUGCCACCUGCAGUGCAACAUGGGCUUUGUGCCCGUUGGCGGCAUGCUGACCACCUGCAUGAACGGCUGGUCCCUGGGCAGCGUGCUGGAGUGCAAGCCAUUCGCCUCGAACUUCUUGAGCAAUCAAUUGCAUACAGAGACCCGUGUCCAGGCACCCUGGCAGCAGCAGCCAUUUAGACAACAGUCAUCCGUUCAACAGGUGCGCCGGCAGCAGGUGCCCGUCCAGCUUCCAGUUAACCGGCCGUACAUCAGGUGCCCGGAGAACGUGGUCAUCCUGCUGAAUCCGCAUCAGAGCAAGGCCCAUGUCAUACUCCAGCGUCCAGCUACGAAUCUGGACUAUCGUCAUGUGGUUGCCUUUCCGGCUUGGGCCAAGCAGCUGCAGGGUCAUCUGCCCGCGGGCACGCAUAAGAUCGUCUACAGGGCCCACGAUCCGGCGACAUCGCAGACCGUUGGCUGCCAGACCAUCAUCACCAUCAAGCAGGCACCGGCUCCCAGCUCUUACGCAUCUUUUCCCGUUUUCAGACCAGCUGCAACGCCAGCAUUUAGACCUGCGCCACUUCCAGACUUUCGAUCCGCUUCCCUUCCACAGUUCGGAGCAGCUCCGAAACCUUUUGCCAGCCUCUUUGAUGCAUCGCCUACAUUGAGACGUUCCGAGAGCCUGAUUGCUGAGCGACCCGCUGUCAACCCAAUUGAGGAGACACAAUCGCCAAGAUCAUCCGAAAACUCUCGCAUAGAUCUGGGCUCUUCCUCAUCCCGCUACUGUCCGCCCUCCUUUGAGGUGCAUUUGAAGGAGAAUCAAAAUCUGCGCUCCGUUGUCUGGGAAGAGCCGCGCUUCGAGGGCAAACUCUUGAAGAUCUACAAAUCAUCUUUCCCUGGCGCACUGUUCGGUCGGGGGGAUCAUGACAUCAAAUAUGAAGCCACCACCACGGAUGGCUUGACCCAGCAAUGCAGCUUCCAAAUACAUGUCAAGGCCGCUGAACCCACACCUGCUCCCAGCCAUGCCGAGAUUAGCUACCCGGACCUGUCCUCUGCCCCCGCUGCACUCACUCAGGCCACGCACAGCAGCCUCUUUGCUGGCCACGAGUCAUAUGUGGUUUGUCCCGGCAAGCAGCCGGUCAAAGUGACCGCCAGCCAAUCCGUCAAUCUGCCCGUGGGCUGCACUCUGAAGAACGUGCGCUCACAAACGUCGACACAGGCGCAUCCGAAACGCGGUCUCCUCACCUCGCUCUGGCGUCAAUAUAAUAAUUUCUAAUUAUUUAUAAUUUAUAAUAAAUAAUUUCUUAAUAAUGAUUUAUUUUUUGUAAAGAACAUUUGUAAAACUACAUGAAUUUUUGAUACCUUUUUUAUGCGAAUUAUUUUUGGAUAUCUCUUAUGCGUAAUUUAAAUAAAUAUUUUAAUGAAAUUUA